UGGAAGGCCAAUUGCGCUUAUCUCACCCACUGGCACAGUGACUCCCCGCCUUAGAGAAAUCCAAAGCUAUAAAUACAGAGCACAUUUGAACAAAACUCCACUCGCUUGACGCUCCAUUUUCCUUCUCGACCUCAAGAAAGUACUCAUUUUUCCUCGAACCAAACAUCAGCCGGACUAGCACUUCUCGUACGCCAUUUACAGGCAACUCUUUCUUUCUCUUUCACAUUCAUCGAUUUGAAAUUAAGUUUUGGUUCUCAUUUUGGAUCUCUGGUGUUGUUUCAGCCAUUGCAUCCGUGGAUUCAAAGUACAUACAAUUUCCUAACCAGUAGAGGCACCUACUUCACAGAUGGCAGAAUCACAGAAGGGAACUUCCUCAUCUGUUGAUCCCAAAGAGAAAAAAUCAUCUUUAGAUGAGGAAGUUGGAAAAGAAUUUCUUGGCUCUUGGAAAUCACUUUCAGUGACAGGAGAUGAGACAAUGGAUUUUAGUUUUGAUACAGUUCCAAGUGGCAAGAGAAAGACAUUCAACUUUGAUAAACUGGAUAUGGAUUUUAAUCUAGAUGGUGAUUUUGACAAGUUAACGUCCUUCAAAUUAGACAUGCCUGACCUUGAUUUCUCAUCCCCAUCAAAAAAGACUGCAAAACCCAAAGAAAGUUCUAAAGGAGAGUCUUCUAGAGCAAAUCAUCAAGGAAAACAAGAUUGCUUUACAUUUUCUUUUGAUUUUAAUGAGUUGGAUAAUUUCAAUUUUGAUUCAACCUUGAUUCAAGGAGAGAGAAAAGCUUCCAUGAAGAACCCAGACUGCAAAGGGGCUGGUUCAGAUAGGAAUGAACAUCAGGGCUCAAAAGUUAACCCGGCUGGUGGACCAGAUGCCUUUGAUGAUAGCCAAACCAACAAACUUCAUGCAUCAGAGAAUGCAACUUCUUCAAUUGUUGAGACUACUUUCAGUGGUGCAGCAACAGGCAAUUCUUCAAGUGACAAUUUCCCUUCAAAACGUGGAAAUUUUGGAGAUCUGGUUGUGCCACACAGCACAAGAACUUCACCAGAGAAAAUAAUUUCUGCUAGUACAGAAGAAGCAGAUCAACAGAGUUACUUCCUGGAGAAGGCAAUGCCCACAGAGGCAUGUGCUCAACCAACAACACAGAUUUUACCUGUUCAAUCUGUUCAUGUAAAACAUGAAGGAAAACAAGACUGCUUUACCUUUUCUUUUGAUUUUAAUGAGUCGGGUAAUUUCAAUUCUGAUUCAACUUUGAUUCAAGGACAGAAAAAAACUUCCAUGAAGAACCCAGACAGCAAAGGGCCUGGUUCAGAUAGGAGUGAACAUCAGAGCUCCAAAGUUAACCUGGCUGGUGGUGAUGAUGCCUUUGAUGAUAGCCGAACUAAGAAACUUCCUGCAUCAGAGAAUGCAACUUCUUCAAUUGUUGAGACUACUGUCGAUGGUGCGGGGCCAGGCAAUUCUUCAAAUGGAAAUUUCCCUUCAAAAUAUGGAAAUUUUGAAAAUCUGGUUGUGCCACACAGCACAAAAACUUCAUUAGAGAAAAUAAUUUCAGCUAACACAGAAGAAGCAAAUCAACAGAGUUGCAUCCUGGAGAAGGCAAGGCCCAUGGAGGCAUGUGCUCAACCAGCAACACAGAUUUUACCUGUCAAAUCUGUUGAUGGGAAUGAUUCAACUCAAGAUACUGAAUCAGAUAUUCUAGCCAGUCCCCUGGCUACGAAAGUAAAUACAAAAUCUGUUGCAGAGGAUAAUGUUAGUGACACUGACAGAAUGAUAACAGUUGUUGGGAUUAAUUGCGAGAACUCACAGUUGAAUUCAGCUCCACCAUACUUUAAUGGAUUAGAGAUUGCCCGAAAUAAAAGUGUAAAGACAGAUGGUGAAGCCCACACUGGAAAUUUGAUAGGGACUGAGCCAUUGCCGGAUGAUCAAGAUAUUGAAGCUUCAUCCACUUCAAGUCUUUUACAGACAAGACCAUGUGGUUUCAAUGCCAGUGAGGAUAUCCAGAUGUCAGCUUCAAAACUUUUGGUUCCAACAAGGAGUGAACAUGUAGUCAAUAAUGUGACACCAAUAAAGGAGAAAAAAUUAGAAGUUGUCCGUUCAAAGUUUUUUAAGAGAUCCAAGGAAGUGGAAACUAAGAUUGGCCAGCCACCAUCAACUACUGUGGAAGGUUCCUCAUUUGGGAGCAAAGCAAUUGAUGCCAAUUGUCCUGCUAAUGGGAAAAGGGAGGGCUUCAAUGCUAUCAAUGCACAAACCCAAAGAAAAUUGAUUGGUGAUUCAAAGUCAUUUUCCAUGGAAAUGACUAAAGAACCUGCUUUGCUGGGAAGUGAAAAGAAUGUUAAAAACCCAUGUAAUACCAGGGAGGGCUUAAAUGGUGAUGCCAAACAAAAUGUCUACAAGCUGGUUACUAAUCCAAAGCCUCCUGAUAAAGAAGUAACAAAGAAGGACUCUAUUGUGCCAGGAAGUGGAAUGAACAUCAAAGAUCUUAGUAAUUUUGGGGCAAACAAGUCUAGUACCCAGACAAGUGCAAAUUCUACAGCUGUGGUUUCAUGCAUGGGAUCAACUUGGAACUCGAAGAUGAUUUCUGUUGAAGGGCUUAAAGCUGGGAAGAGAACACCUGAUCUUUCUGGCUUGAAGAUUUCAAGGACUUUGGGAGUGAGCAAAGAUCAGUCAAAUGCCUUACUUAAAAGGGAAAUAAAUUUUUUGAGAAACUCAGAGAAAAACAGGGAAGUACAAGGAUUUACAGAAUCAAAGAUUGUCCAUCCUAUUGUCAAUGCUGAGAAAAAAACUCUGCUGAAUGCAUCUUUGAAACGAAAAACAGUUGAGGCAUCAAAUGUUGAUAUAUUGCCCUUGAAUCCACAAAAACGUCUUUCUCAUUCACCAAAUGAAACCAGAAAUGUGAAGGAACCUUUGGAAAUCACUGUUGAAGAACAGGGCUGCAAUCAUGACAAUCAGGCAGAAAGUAACGCUCUUUAUGACCACCCAACCUCCAAACUUGAAAUUCCUCAACAGGAAACUACAAAAGAACAAGACAUUCCUUUGGCUAUGGAAGAUGACAGAAAUGUUGAAAAGGCUGAAGCAUAUGCAAAAGAACUUGAGGAUAUUGUCAACAUGCUGAAGAAGAAAUAUGACGAAGCUAAAGAAAUACUGGUUCGAGCUAUUGUGAACAAUAACAGUUUACUGAUGCUUAACCAUCCCAUGUUUGAUGAGAAGAUAUCCUUCCAGUGCUCACUGUUAUUCAGUCUUCUUUCUUUGCCUUCUAUUUUAGUUUAAAUUGAAGUGCCAUAUUCCUUCACAAUUGGAAACAUUCGAAUGGUUCAGAAACUUGCUGCACAGUUGAUGUCUAAUUAGCUUCAGAUUGAAACGGUGGGAACAAUGAAAGGGACAGAAGAUUUUCUCUUUCGUGCUGCUGAUUGAACUAUAGGAAUCUGUUUUCCUAAGCAGUUGAGAUAUUCAAUCGAAACCUCCAAAUGUGAUGUUUUGCUGGUUAAAUUGCUAGUUGCAGCUUUACUCUUACAUAUUCUUUGGGUAUGUUUACCCUAAGCCUAAUAUAGCGGCUCAUACCUUAAUCUGAUGACAUGGUCUUUGGUGAUUUGAAUUUUAAUCACUGGACCAGUUGAAACUAUGUAAGAUACCAUGAAUGGAUGUAUGUGGCCAA